AAACAUCACAGAAAAUUCUUUGAUUUCCUUUAAUAGUGCCCAGAGAGACUGUUCCUAUCAAUCACUGAAGCCAUAAGGAAAUUUCUUUUUAAAGUUAAGCUUUAUCACAAUGAGGUUUUGCCACAUCUGCAAACUUCCUGGGAGAGUGAUGGGGAUCCGAGUGCUUCGUUUCUCUUUGGUGGUUAUCCUCGUGUUACUACUGGUAGCUGGUGCUUUGACUACUUUGCUUCCUAAUAUCAAAGAAGACAAGAUGCUCACGUUGAGGAGGGAGAUAAAAUCUCAGGGCAAGUCCACCAUGGAUUCCUUCACCCUUAUCAUGCAAACGUACAACAGAACAGAUCUCUUGUUGAGACUUUUAAAUCACUAUCAAGCAAUUCCACAUCUACACAAAGUGAUUGUUGUGUGGAACAACAUUGGGGAGAAGGGGCCAGAUGAGUUAUGGAAUUCUCUAGGGCCUCACCCUGUCCCUGUGAUCUUCAAACUACAGACAGCAAACAGAAUGAGAAAUCGGCUCCAGAAUUUCCCCGAACUGGAAACCAGUGCGGUGUUAAUGGUAGAUGAUGACAUGCUAAUUAGCGCCCAGGACCUCAUGUUUGCUUUCUCUGUUUGGCAGCAAUUUCCUGAUCAGAUUGUAGGAUUUGUUCCUAGAAAACAUGUCUCUACUUCUUCGGGUAUCUACAGUUACGGAGGUUUUGAACUGCAAACACCAGGAUUUCAAAAUGGUGACCAGUACUCUAUGGUGCUGAUUGGAGCUUCAUUCUUUAAUAGCAAAUAUCUUGACCUCUUUCAGAAGCAACCUUUAGCUGUCCAUGCUUUGAUAGAUGAAACUCAAAACUGUGAUGAUAUCGCCAUGAAUUUUAUCAUUGCCAAGCACACUGGAAAGACUUCAGGGAUAUUUGUGAAACCUGUGAACAUGGGCAAUUUGGAAAAAGAAACCAACGGUGGUUAUUCUGGAAUGUGGCAUCGAGCUGAGCACUUUCUGCAGAGGUCUUACUGUAUAAAUAAGCUUGUGAAGAUCUAUGAUAGCAUGCCCUUAAAAUACUCCAACAUUAUGAUUUCUCAGUUUGGUUUUCCAUAUGCCAACCACAUCGGUAAAAUGUAAAAGUCAAACAAACACAACAGACUUUAAAACUGCCUGGUAUUCGAGUUCUCUGUUACGUAGUUGUUUUGUUUUGAAGCAACAUUAUGAACUUUUAUCCACUCCAGAAGUCUCUACAA